UUUGAAUCAGGAUAGGCAAAUAAGCUGACUUUUGACACACAUUAGUACCAUCCUGCAUCCAACAAAGAUAAAAUGAGGAACGGAGUACCUCUUGCGGAUGAAGAUCGCUGGGACUGGCUUAUUGCUCUGCGCGAGGCCACCCUUCAGGCCCUGUCCCCUAGCCAACGCAACAACUUUCAUCCCCUAAAAUCGUUGAUCGUUUCCUGUUCCGCCUUGAAAGAGAAGUACCGCGAGGUCAUGCGCAUCGCUGUGUACGGCUCGUCGCAGAUCAAAAUCCACUUUAUUUACCUUAAGGUAAGUGAGGUGACACUUAUGCAACGUGUGAAUCUGCGAGAGGGCCACUACUUGAAGAGCAAUAUGGUGCGUUCCCAGCUGCAAGCCCUGGAGGAGCCACAGAAGAGCGAGUGGGGUGUCACUACCAUCAAUGUUGAAGGAUCAGCGGAGCAGGUGCAGCGCCAUGUGCUGUCUCUUGUAUGCUCGGGUAUUACCAAAGGCAGCCAAUCUGUUUGA